CUUCUUGAUUUAACAAGUUGAAAAUCUGCUGAAUAAUUCAUGAAGAGUGGAAGGGCUGAAUCUUCCUGGAAUGAUAUACAGUGUACGUACUGUGGCACAGGAGAAACUGCAAAGCUUUGUAUCAGUUGCUGCCGUUUCUGCUGCCGAUUGCAAGGUGCUGCUGCUUUUGCUGUUUUCACAGCUACAGAAACCUCAGUCGUGCGCUGGUCUGCCAACAGCCAUUUGCCUCCCUAUGGACCCACCUUCACCAGCUACAAUCUGUGGACUCUCUUGCUGCCUACCUGCCUUGGACACUGCUAUUUUUUGGAUGGUUACUGCAAAUAGCAUUUUCUGGACCUUACAGCUUCUAUGACUGAAACCUGCCUUAGAGUCCCCCAGCUGCACAGCCUCCCGUGUGUUUGGUGAGGACUCCUGCAGCAGAACUUCUGACCCAGACAAGGAUGGGAUUUACAGGGCAAAGUCAAAACUGAGCUGCAUUCAGCGAGAUGCCCAACGCCUCUUCCUGGAGUGCUAGCUCGCCUCUGCUGCUGCUCUGGGAGGACUCCUCCGGGACCCGCAUCUUUCUGUCGCUGCUCUACGCAGUCUUAGCUAUCUCAGGGACUUUAUCCAAUGUGAUGGUCAUCUAUUUAGUCUUCUCCUUCAAAAAGCUGCAGACAACCAGCAAUGCCUUCAUCGUGAACGGCUGUGCGGCAGACCUGAGCGUGUGCGCCCUGUGGAUGCCCCAGGAGGCUGUGCUGGGGCUGCUGCCCCCCAAUUCCUCCUCCCUUCGCUCGGCGGAGUACCGGCUGCUCCGAGGGGGGCUCCUGGGCCUCGGCCUCACCGUCUCCCUGGCCUCGCACCUGCUGGUGGCUUUCAACAGGUACGUGCUCAUCACCAAGCUGCCCAGCGUGUACCAGGCCCUCUACCAGCGGAGACACACGGGCUGCAUGAUCGGGCUCUCCUGGGCCCUCGCCCUGCUCCCGGUCCCGCUGCUGCCCGGGCUCUGGACCCUGGGCUCUGCCCAGUCGGACGGCAGCUCUCGCUACACCGCUCUGCUCCUCGCCCUGGCCGUGCUGGGCCAGACCGCGCUGCUGCUCCACUGCUACCUCGGCAUCGUGCGGCGGGUGCGGGGCAGCGCCAAGCGGGUCAGCGUGCUCAACUUCCACCUGCUGCACCAGCUGCCCUUCCCCGCCGCGCCGCCGCCGCCUCGCCGCGCCCAGCGCCGCCUCAGCAGCGUCUCCGUCCUGCUGCUCUGCUGCGUGUUCCUGCUGGGCACCCAGCCCCUGGUCUGGGUGAGCCUCCUGGGCUUCUUCCUGCGCCCGGCGCCGCCGGCGCUGCAGGCCGCCAGCUGGCUGCUGCUCUGCUCGCUGUCGGCCCUCAACCCGCUGCUCUACACGUGGCGCAGCGAGGAGUUCCGCCGGGCGGCCCGCUCCGUCCUGCCCCGCGGCGAGGGCCCGGCCGCCGCCCCGCGCCCCUCCGUCGCCGCCGCGGGCCCCUCCGGCGCCCCGCCCUGCCCGCAGCUGCCGCGGCGCCGGGGCACGGGGAGCAGCGCCAGCGCCGCGGCCGCGCCGCGCUGAGGGGCCGGGGCAGCGCCGGGAGC